AUGUGGUCGGAGUGUAAGGAGCUCUGGACGGAGGGUCCGAGGGAAUAUAUCAUGCAGCUGUGGAAUGUUCUUGAUUUCGGCAUGCUCUCCAUCUUCAUCGCUGCAUUCACCGCCCGCUUUUUCGCCUUCCUACAGGCAAUGAAAGCCCAGGAGUAUGUGGAUGAGAACAUCCACGCUCCAGAUCUCUCACUGGUCACGCUGCCACCGGACAUCAAAUAUUUCACAUACGCGAGAGACAAGUGGCUUCCAUCGGAUCCUCAGCUGAUCUCUGAGGGUCUGUACGCCAUCGCUGUGGUCCUGAGCUUCUCUCGUAUCGCCUACAUCCUCCCGGCCAACGAGAGCUUCGGGCCGCUGCAGAUCUCUCUGGGACGAACCGUGAAGGACAUCUUCAAGUUCAUGGUCCUCUUCAUCAUGGUCUUCCUUGCAUUCAUGAUUGGCAUGUUCAUUCUUUACUCUUACUACCUGGGGGCAAAGGUUAACCCUGCCUUCACCAC